CUGUGUUCUAAAGAAGUGUGCAAACUGUUUGCUGACCUGGGUAGUUUGGAAAGCCCUAGACCAAGAACUCUGCUAGUGUCUGUGUCACUGAGAUGCUGAGGACAGCGUCCAUGUCACUGAGAUGCUGAAGACAAUGUCUGUGUCACCGAGAUGCAAAAGGCCCUUGGUCCCUUCUCUCCUCACGUCCACAUCGGUACUUCAGUGAGUCAAAGGUCUGGCCCUGGGGCCGAGGGCAGUCUGGGACACACUCUGGUUCAUCCUUGCUCGUGACCUGGUGAACACGGGUGCUGGCCUGUGUCCCUGGGCUUCGCUGCCCCUGGUUUCGUUUACUCCUGGCAGAUUUAGACAUACUUGUUUUUAGCUCCUGGGGAGGGAGCCGAGCUAGGCACGUGCUGGGCCGAGCUGCAUCCCGGCCCGCCGACUUGCUUUCACAUGAGUAAGAUCCCACAUCAGCUCUAUCCAGGCCUAAUUUCAUAUUCUGUUAAAUCACUUGGCUUUGUUCUAAUGGCUUCCUGCUUGCCAUAGGCACAAUCACAAGGAAGCAGAAGCGCCUCAGAGCACGUGUUCUAAAAUAAGAGCAUACUCACUCCAAACCCAGGAAAAGUCCUGAGUCGCUAAUUAAGGGGCUAAAUCCAACCCCACAAAUGUUUCCGUGAGAGCUGAUUGCUCGGCUUGUGCGUCACCGCGGGAGUGUGGAGAGGCGUGCGAGUUUUCAGUGGACGUGUGCGGACCCCAACGCAGGUGGUGUAAGAGCUUAAAGUACCAAAGAAGAGACCCUCGUCCACAAAGCACAGAUGUCAGGUCCUCCGAGGAGGAUGGGUGGCCCCAGCACAAGAGGCAAGUGGCCGUCAGCCUCUGGUCUGCUGCUCCUGCUGCUCUGGGGGACCGCAGCCUCCGCUCUUCCCCUGGAGAGAGGUCCCACUGGCCAGGACAGUGUGCAGGAUGCCACAGAAGGGAGGAGGACCGGCCUUCUGACUUUCCUUGUCUGGUGGCAUGAGUGGGCUUCCCAAGCCAGCUCCAGCACCCCCAUCGGAGGGGGUGCCCCCUUGCUGUCUAAGCGGCAGGAAAGGCCACCCCUCCAGCAGCCCCCACACCGAGAUAAAAAGCCCUGCAAGAACUUCUUCUGGAAAACCUUCUCCUCCUGCAAGUAACCCCAGCUUGGCCACCCUGUGAAAUGCAACCGUGGCCUGAAUAAAGAGUAUCAAGCAGCACGGAGCUUUCUUCUUAAGUCA